CUUGCUUGACUCCCAGUCUCAUCGUCUCGAUCUUCGGUUUGGUGAUCUGCGCAUGCCUAGCCUGAGGCAGUGCAGCAGCUUAGCUGUUGCCAUCGACAGGCAGCUGCUCGGCCACCUCUCGGCGACGAAGAUGAAGAUCAGCAAGGCCCCGGUGCUCCUGAAGAAGGCGGUGACGAUGUGCAAGAGCAAGACCGGCGUGCUCACCGCCAGGCUCCUCUUCCUAGCUUCGCUCCGCCGCAGGAUGGCCACCGUCGGCGUGGUGUCUCACAAGAUACACGCGCUCAUGGCGGCCGCGGACCGGGCGAAGGCGGGAGGGGACUGCCACAAGGCUGUCGUUUCGCGCAAGGUCGACAAGACUCUUCCAGCGAUCCAUGCUGGUGAGAUCGUUGAUCUUACGCAUGAAUUGGCACUAUUUUGUCAAGAGGAAGAUGGUGGUGGUAGCUUCCCUGACUGGACGCUGCACCCCAUCUUCAAUGACGAUGACAAUUGCUGUUACACCGAAGAGGACGACGACGACGAUGUUGGUGAUGUGCUACUCGAUGGGUGCGAUGGUCUCCACGACGAGCCCUCGGUGAUAGAUGUGAUCAGGAGCAACAUGGAAGUCCAGGGGUUGGAGUUCAACAUGGAAGAUGAGAUCGACCAAGCUGCCGAUAUGUUCAUCAGGAGGUUCCGGGAGCGGAUGAGCAAGAGCAUUUAGUCACCUGUUUGUGUUUCAUCUAUACCUGAUUGCACGGUCGACGCAGAAGUGUACGUAUGCGUACCGCUGACUAGUUGACGGUAGAUGUCGCGAGGGAGAAUGUUAGAUUGAAUUUUUUUUCCGAAAAGGGGACAUGGACCCGGCCUCUGCAUUAAAACGAUGCAUAGGGCCAUAUUAUUAAGAAUAAUCCAAAAGAUUCCA